AUGGGGGACGCUGGGGGCGCAGAAAGAGGCAUUCGCAUUGCCAUCGACCGGGGAGGCACGUUCACGGACUGUGUUGGGAAUCCGGGAACGGGGCGGAUGGAAGAUGACAUUAUCAUCAAACUUCUAUCCGAGGACCCGUCAAACUACGACGAUGCACCACUGGAAGGGAUUCGAAGGCUCAUGUCGAAAUUCACGGGUCGAGAGAUUCCCCGAGGCGAACCACUUGACACGAGCAAGAUAGAAAGCAUUCGCAUGGGCACGACUGUUGCUACCAAUGCAUUACUGGAGCGAAAGGGGGAGAAAAUGGCUAUGGUCGUUACGAAAGGGUUUAAAGACUGCUUGGAGAUUGGCAACCAGUCUCGUCCGAAGAUCUUUGACUUGGCAAUUCGAAGACCCGAUGUGCUGUAUCAGAAAGUAGUCGAGGUUGAUGAGAGAGUGACGCUGGAAGACUACGCCGAAGAUCCUGAACGGCACAAGACGAAAGCCGAAACCAAUCACGAGGAUUACAAAAGCAGCGACCUUGUCCAAGGGUUGUCGGGGGAGGCAGUCAGAAUACUAAGGAGGCCUGAGGAAGAUAAGAUCAAGAAGCAACUCAAAAAACUUUUUGACGAUGGCUUCCGAAGCAUUGCGGUAUGCUUGAUGCAUGGCUACACUUUCCCCGAUCAUGAAGCGUUGGUCGGCAAGCUUGCCCGCGACACUGGUUUUGAGCAUGUAAGCCUAAGCCAUGAACUCAUGCCCAUGAUCAAAUUGGUCCCUCGCGCGACAUCAGCCUGUGCAGAUGCCUACCUGACACCAGCCAUCCGAAAAUACAUUUCUGGCUUUCAAGCCGGCUUUGAAGGUGGAUUGGGCACGGAGAGCGUGAAGAAGGAAGAGGGGGAUAGAGGCGCAAGGUGUGAGUUCAUGCAGUCGGAUGGAGGUCUCGUGGACGUGGAUCAGUUCUCCGGCUUGCGAGCCAUCUUGUCAGGACCAGCAGGCGGUGUUGUUGGUUAUGCCUUGACAUCCUACGACCCGGAGACCAAGACUCCCGUGAUUGGGUUCGAUAUGGGAGGGACAAGCACAGACGUCAGUCGAUAUGGUGCAGGGCGAUAUGAGCAUGUGUUCGAGACCACCACGGCAGGAGUCACCAUUCAGUCCCCUCAGCUCGACAUAAACACCGUGGCCGCAGGAGGUGGAUCCCGGCUGUUCUUCAGAAAUGGCCUAUUUGCCGUUGGGCCAGAGUCUGCCGGUGCACAUCCUGGACCAGCAUGCUACAGGAAGGGCGGCCCGCUCACUGUGACUGACGCAAAUCUCUUCCUCGGUCGACUGCUCCCAGACUUCUUCCCCAAGAUUUUCGGCAAAAAUGAAGACGAAGGACUCGAUCCAGAAGCGAGCAGGAAGCUCUUCAAAGAGCUCACAGACGAGAUCAACAGCAAGACAAACAAGAAUAUGUCGGCCGAUGAGGUGGCGUUCGGAUUCAUCAAGAUUGCUAAUGAAACCAUGACGAGGCCUAUCCGAUCACUCACUGAGGCAAGGGGACAUGAUACUUCCCAACAUCGACUCGCGACAUUCGGCGGCGCAGGGGGCCAACACGCCGUAGCAAUCGCCGAGUCCUUGGGCAUCAGGCAGAUCCUGGUCCAUCGAUACUCUUCUGUCCUCUCCGCCUACGGAAUGGCGCUCGCCGAUGUCGUGGACGAAAAUCAAGUUCCCGAAUCUCACGUUUGGGAUAUGAAAAAGGGCUCUUCUCGCGACGAGUUGAAAGCAAAGAUGGACGAGCUCAAAGAACGAUCCCACAAGCGUCUGAAAGAUCAAGGCUUCGGAGACGACUCGAUCGAGUACGAAGAAUACCUCAACAUGCGAUACCGCGGCACCGAAUCCGCAUUGAUGGUAAUCAAGCCCAACCCGGAUGAAGCAAAGGAACUCUACGAUGGCGACGAUUGGGCCUUUGGCGACGCAUUCGUGCGUCAGCACGAGCAGGAAUUCGGCUUCACCUUACCAGACAGAGACAUCAUCGUGGACGACGUGCGCGUGCGAGGGAUAGGGAAGUCCUUCCGGGGCAUGUCCAAAACGGCAGACCAGCAACUCAAGGAAAUCACCCCGAAAGACGUGCCCGAGGACAAAGCCUACACGACAUCUGAGGUCUACUUUGAAGGCGGCCGUGUGCCCACCAAGAUCUACAAACUCGAAGAUCUCGAAGUCGGCACACGCGUCGCCGGUCCCGCGAUCAUUGCGGAUGGGACGCAGACAAUCAUCGUCGACCCCAAGGCAUCGGCCCUGGUCAUCGAGACUCACGUGGUGAUCAACAUUGGCGAAGAAGGAACGGCGAAAAAGGUCAACACCAAGGAAGUCGACCCCAUCUUACUCUCAAUCUUCGCGCACCGCUUCAUGGCCAUUGCAGAACAGAUGGGUCGCGCGUUGCAAAAGACGUCUGUGAGCACCAACGUCAAAGAACGCUUGGAUUACUCCUGUGCCCUCUUCGACGCCGAGGGUGGUCUAGUCGCCAAUGCUCCUCACCUGCCGGUCCACCUGGGGAGCAUGUCGACCUGCGUUCGCACACAGGCGGAGAUCUGGAAGGGCAAACUGAAAAAGGGGGAUGUGAUCGUUUCCAACCACCCCGAAUACGGCGGCACGCAUCUUCCCGACAUCACGGUCGUCACGCCGGCCUUUUCCGGCGACAAGAUCAUCUUCUACGUCGCCUCGCGCGCUCACCACGCCGACAUAGGCGGCAUAUUACCAGGCAGCAUGCCGCCGCAUUCCCGCGAACUGUACCAAGAAGGCGCAGCCAUCAAGUCUGAGAAACUCGUCUCACAGGGCAAAUUUGACGAGAAACGAAUCACCGAGCUCCUGUAUGAUGAGCCGGCCCAGUAUCCCGAGUGCAGCGGCACACGGUGCCUGGCAGACAACAUCAACGACCUCAAGGCGCAGAUCGCCGCCAACCAGAAAGGCAUCAAUCUUAUCAGCGCGCUUAUAGAGGACUAUGGCGAGGAGGUGGUCCAGUUCUACAUGCAAAACAUCCAGGAUAACGCCGAGAAAUCGGUGCGGGAGUUGUUGAAGGAGGUGCACAAGAGGUUCGAAGGUCAGCAACUCCAAGCAGUGGAUUAUAUGGACGACGGCAGUCCUAUUUGCCUGAAGAUAAAGAUCGAUGCCGACAAAGGCGAGGCCCUGUUUGACUUUGAGGGCACGGGCCCAGAGGUGUAUGGGAACAUCAACGCGCCCGAAGCGGUGACUUACUCGGCAAUCAUUUACUGCUUGAGGUGUCUGAUCGACCAGGACAUUCCUUUGAAUCAGGGGUGCCUGAAGCCUGUGGAGGUACGCAUCCCGCCUGGCUGCUUUCUCUCCCCGAGCGAGAAGGCUGCCGUUGUGGGCGGUAACGUCUUGACCAGUCAGCGUGUCACGGACGUGGUGUUCAGGUGCUUCGAAGCUUGUGCGGCUAGUCAAGGAGACUGCAACAACUUGACAUUUGGAUUUGGUGGGAACUUGAAGGGUGGAACGGAGCAGAAGGGGUUCGGGUAUUACGAGACCAUUGCGGGUGGAAGCGGUGCUGGUAAGGACUGGGAGGGAACAAGUGGUGUGCACACACACAUGACGAACACUAGGAUUACAGACGCCGAGGUUUUUGAGCGGAGAUAUCCUGUGAUUUUGAGAGAGUUCAGUCUCAGGGCUGGCAGUGGCGGCGUGGGUCAGCAUAAAGGGGGAGAUGGCGUGAUCCGAGACAUCGAGUUCCGCAUCCCCGUGCAGGUUAGUAUCUUGAGUGAGCGGAGAGUGUACAGGCCCUACGGUCUGCACGGUGGAGGUGAUGCUCAAUGCGGCAAGAAUAUCUGGGUCAGGAAGAUCAAGAAGGGAGAGAGCAGAGGUUCAGGUGGUGAACACGAAGGAAAACGAAGAGAAUCUGGGGACGAGGAUGAGUACGUGGAGAGGUAUAUCAAUCUCGGGGCCAAAAACACUGCUAGCAUGCAGCCUGGCGAGAGGAUCAUCGUGAUGACACCAGGCGGUGGUGGUUACGGCAAGGCGGGCGAAGAGGCCCAAGUCCAGCUGAAAGAGGACUAUGAGAAGCAUUGGAAGAAGGGAAGCCUGGCUUCCCGUCUAGCGGAAUGGGAGUCCAGCUCAUGA